AUGGAAUCUAUGUCUUAUUCUUCAAAUAGCUCUUUUGCCCCUCAAUCAUACAUCCCAUUUCCCACCAGCAGCAAUCAUACUUUGAUGGCUCCUUCCCGCUCAUUUUCGCCCGAGUUCCACCAUGUUGAUUCUCCUACCUAUAGCUUUGCAAGCAGCAGCAGUGCAUCAAGAAUUCAAGAUGAAAAGUGCUUUCCAAUGUAUGCUCCAUCCAUGUACAAUACAUUGGAUAAACAAGAGAUUCUUUCACCAUUACCAGACUCGUUUUAUGAUGCUUAUCAAGGAGGAGGAGGAAUGCCCCUAUUAACGCCACCCGCCGACCCAUUCUACCCUUCAGCAACACAUUCUCAGCAAGAUUAUAGAGCCCUUUCACUACCACCGCCACCUCCCCCAGUAGACUAUCCUAUUGACUAUUAUUUUGAUUCAAAUGCAUCAUCUCCAAUGCCAAUGCAGCCAUGUUACACUCCGGGAUGUCUAUGUCAACUGCCAACACCUCCAGCAACACAAUCACCACCACAACCAUCCUUUUAUAGCAUGUCAUCUGGUUUCUAUGAUCCAUCACCUUAUGCUCGCCACAGCACCAGUGUUACCGGCAUCAAGAGACAAUAUAAAUCUAGAAACAGUAUUGAUUCGACUCUGAGCCACGAGAAAUCCGUCAACACACCCAGAAGAUACAAAUGUACCCUGUGCAUCAAGCGAUUCACUCGCCCGAGCUCUUUAGCUACUCACAUGCAUAGCCACACUGGCGAAAAACCCUACAAAUGUGUAGUUGAUGGCUGUGGUCGUCGCUUCUCCGUAGUCAGUAAUCUUCGCCGCCAUGCCAAAAUUCACUCAAGUGCUGCUCCAUAA